CAAUAGUAUUGUGACAGGGCCAAUCGUUCACAUGCAGUGUGAGCAAUAAGCUUUCAUGUCUCAAUGAUCAGUUCCCCUGUGCACUCUUGUCGAGAGCUGGCGCCUUCGCAUCCUGAACAAACGAACGACACACCAGCACACACACACACCCCACAUCCGUCCACUGAAGGGCUGCAUGCUACGGCACCAGCUCACUUUGUAGAGAUUUUCAAUGUGUCUGUCCACAAAGCUGGUCAGCUUGGCAACGUAGUCAUCAUAAUAUAUACGCCUGGAAUGCGGGCCGAGACACACACGUAAAGCCUUCUCCUUUCUGUCUCUCCCACCCACCCUCACUCACUUACGCGGCCUCGCCUUGCUCCUUAUCGACAGCAAAGUCCACAAAUUCCGACAUCUCCUUCUCACGCAAAGCAGAGGACCCCGACGCCAGAUACCGCUUCAUCUGAUCAACCUCUAUAUACCCCCUGCCCUCCGGGUCAAGCACCUGCACCCACCCACACACGUGACACUGUGUGGUCAUUCCUUAGUCGGAUUACUCACUCUGAAAGCGGACAGGAGGUUGUCUUCAUCGUCGGGGUCGAAUCUCUUCUGCAGCAGACACCGCAGCAUCAUCUUCUCAAAGGCGUCAUACGGCACCACAUUGGACCCGGAAGGGCCACCGACACCCUCGUCUUGCAUCUGAACAAGGACACAGGACACAGCGGCUAUGUACUGUGCCAGUUGCUUCUGCAUGUGCUCACAUCUCUGAGGAGGUCUGCGACCUCCAUUUCGUCAGGGAACUGACCGAGGUACCGCAUUAUGGUGCCCACCUCCCUGCGCACAAGACAGUGAGGCCAUCAGCUCGCCCUGAGCACGGCGCCCCCUGUCCAAACCUUACUCCUGGAACACAGUGUUGAUGCCGACUUUGUCGAAGUAGCUGAAGGCCUCCUUGAUGAUACUCCGCAGACGCGUCAGGCGCUCGCCUUGCUCCUCCAUGAUUGGAAAC